AUGGAGAAGAUUCUGAGAGUUAACAAUCUUGGCGGGGAGAGGAGGCCAAAGACAAAGAUAGUGUGCACGUUAGGACCUGAAUCUCGGUCGGUGGACAUGUUAGAGAGGCUUCUAAGGGCAGGGAUGAACGUCGCUCGCUUCAACUUUUCCCACGGCACUCAUGAUUACCACCAAGUGACCCUCGAUAAUCUCAGGGCUGCCAUGAACAACACCGGCAUUCUUUGUGCUGUCAUGUUGGAUACUAAGGGUCCUGAGAUUCGAACUGGGUUUUUGAAAGACACAAAACCCAUACAGCUUCAACAGGGUCAAGAGAUUACCAUCACCACUGACUAUAGCAUUAAAGGAGAUGAGAAUAUGAUAAGUAUGAGCUACCCAAAGUUGGCUGAGGAUUUAAAGCCACAAAGUGUUAUUUUGUGUGCUGAUGGGACAAUUUCUCUUACUGUUCUGGAUUGUGACAAGGAACGGGGUUUGGUUCGUUGUCGUUGUGAAAACUCUGCACUACUUGGUGAGAAGAAGAAUGUCAAUCUUCCUGGAGUUAUUGUCGAUCUCCCAACCUUAACUGGUAAGGACAAAGAGGAUAUUUUGGAAUGGGGAGUUCCAAAUAAGAUUGACAUGAUUGCUCUCUCUUUUGUUCGCAAAGGUUCUGACCUUGUGGAGGUCAGGCAACUGUUAGGACCACAUGCAAAGAACAUCCUUCUCAUGUCAAAGGUGGAGAAUCAAGAAGGUGUUGCUAAUUUCGAUGAUAUUCUGGCAAACUCAGAUGCAUUUAUGGUGGCAAGGGGUGACCUAGGAAUGGAAAUUCCCAUUGAAAAGAUAUUUAUAGCUCAGAAAGCGAUGAUACUGAAGGCCAACAUGCAAGGAAAACCAGUGGUAACUGCCACUCAGAUGUUGGAGUCCAUGACCAAAUCUCCCCGACCUACUCGAGCUGAAGCCACUGAUGUUGCUAAUGCAGUUCUUGAUGGCACUGACUGUGUCAUGCUUAGUGGAGAAACUGCUGCUGGGGCCUACCCUGAAAUUGCUGUUCAAACCAUGUCAAGAAUUUGCACAGAGGCAGAGGAUUUUAUAGACUAUGGACAUCUUUUUAAAAGAAUAAUGAAAACUGCACCAAUCCCUAUGAGCCCAUUGGAGAGCUUGGCCUCUUCAGCUGUGAGCACAGCCCAUUGCAUUAAAGCAGCUCUAAUUUUGGUCCUAACCAGAGGAGGAAGCACUGCGAAGCUAGUGGCUAAGUACAGGCCAAGCAUGCCAAUUUUGUCGGUGGUGGUUCCAGAGAUAAGAACAGAUUCUUUUGAUUGGUCAUGCAGUGAUGAAGCUCCGGCAAGGCAUAGCCUUAUUUAUCGGGGUUUGGUUCCUCUUUUGAGCACAAGUUCUGCAAGAGCUUCUCAUGCAGAGUCAACCAAAGAGACCGUAGAGUUGGCCCUCCAACAUGCAAAGGCCAAGCAACUUUGCAAGCCUGGAGACUCGGUCGUGGUAUUGCAUAAGGUUGACUCUGCUGCUGUCAUCAAAAUCUUGACUGUUGGUUGA